AAGUACAGGGACAAAACUGCAACAGACAUUUAAAUGAAUUAAGUUUGCUAACCUCUUAAUCCUUUAAGACUCAUUUCUUAUGGAACAAAUUUUUUCCCAAGUUAGUACUGAAAUAGCCACAACUGGGAAGGACUUGGGCUGUUCUCUUACUGUUGCAUUUAAAGUCAUGGGAAAAAGACUAUAGAUCUGUUCCCCACUCAACUAGACAUGUCCUGGAUAAAUACUUCAAAGUAUCAAAGAACCUGUCUGUCUGUGUACUAACUCCAUGGAGACAAAUCAGCCUGGUCUGCUUCAUAAAAAAAGAGUCCCUUCUCUCCUCUUUUUUCAAGGGGGUUACAGAAAGAGAGAGCCAACAAAAACAAAAAAACAAAACAACUCAUUCAUUACUGCAGGCUGCUGGAACAGUAAGCAGUUGAAAACAUCACAUCUUAAGACUGAGAUGUUCAUUACUGUGAUAUUUGGUGAGGGAAGAGAGGAGAUACUGAACCUAAACUGCAAGGUUAUAAACUUCAUCCACUGUAUAAAAGAAAAAUGCAAUCUAGAUCCCCAAGAGACUGUGGACUUGAUGGACAGGAUGGGAGAGCUGGUGAACUUGGCAGAGAGAGCACAGAGCACCGACCUCGUCAGCAGUUUGCUGAAGGAGAGAGAGAGCUAUAUUCCAUUACGUGUAUCACGAGGUGAAGGCAGUGAAGGUCCAAAGUAUACUGCAGUGUAUGACUUUGGGACAAGUUACCCUGAGCUAGCAGAGAUUCUGAGAAAACUGUCAAAUCCUUCAAAGGAGAGGGACAAAAGGGGUGGAGCAUCUAAAAGGGGAGGAGUCAGUCAAAACCGCAUCAAAGCUGCUAUCAACUUUAAGAAAGCCAUCACAACACCUCGGAGCUGAAAACACUCUCUUACUAUUUCCUUGUGUUCUUUAACAAUGUUGUAAAUAUUUUAUUUAUAGAAUUGGUUAUGUCAUAUAAAUCAAUGUGAAGAAUAAAUUUUGUUUGUGUAUAUACACAACCACUCAA